UAACGCUAGACAAGAGGCCUCCAAUUCAUUUCCUACUAUCAGCCUUGUCAGUGGAAAAAGCAAUGAAUUUCCCGUCAGUUCUGGCGACAGUUUCGCUUAUUUUGUUCUGCGCUGGCACGCGCAGCGAGGUAAGUGUGUAGAUGCUACACUACUAUAUAAAACGUCUAUAAAAUUACAGUUGUUGUGGGCAUGCAGCUAGAGUGUAUCGCUUGCUCACAAAUUCGGCUACUGCGGAAAUUUAUUGGCUCGCUUCAUUUUAUUUGUCGUUCAAAAGGCCGUAGGAAGCACAGAUCAUGAUGAAGAUGUUGUUGUCACCUUUUUGUCCAACCUUGAAACGUGGAGGCUGGGCGUAUUUGCAGCGUUUCGAUAUGUUUUGUCUAGGUCUAUGCCAAGUCAUGUUGGGCUCAUAAAAGUCAAGCUAUUCUAAAAUUAAUAUAAUUGUAAAAUUAAACCGUCCUAGAUUAGCGGUCAAGGGUGUAUGUUUUUGUUUACUAUCAUGUUGAAACAUAGACAGGGGCAUUGAAGUUUGCUCGUUUUCGGGUUGGACAGAAAUGGUUGCGUGUACGUGUUGUUUGAUUGUGUAAUUAUAUAGGCAAAGCUAAAUAAAUAAAUAAGGACGAUUUUAGCUUAUAUUUCCGCGCGCAUAUAUCACAUAAACGGCUAACGAUUUUUCAGUGCUUGUUCGCAUCGCGUGCGCAAUACAUUUGCUGCGCAUCAAAAUUUUAAUUCUUGAUGCGUCAUGCACAGAUCACGAGCGCACGGUAAGAUAUAACCUUUUAUUCAUGUUGAAACGCGCAUACUAUUUACACCUUCUCCAGUCAUGCUUGCUUUGUUAGCAACACUUGCGCCGAGUGCUUUUGUAGACCAAAUAACCCUGUAUCUUGAUAAAAUUCGGCCGAACGCCACGGAAAGCUCAGGUCUAUACAGAAAUUAAGAGUUCUAGGAAUUUAAAAUUUGCAGCAAUGAACGUGCGCAUAUUUUGUAAUUCAAUUUUCUUCCAGCCAAACUGAUGGCAAGCAACUGCGGCGUACUAUGAAAUGAUAAACAUAUUCAAUGCUUUAAUUAUAGUGCAAGUUCGAAUCAAACUGGUACACCAGUUUACGAUGCGAUAUGUUGUUAUUACUCGACAGAUUUAGAAAAGACGAGGCAAGGCAAACACGACGACGCAGUCUCAAUUUCAGCUCGAGAUUAAGAGCUAUAAAGGAACUUGAUUACUGUAAUAAAUUGAAGAGUUUUAAAAUAACCUUACAAAAGACUAAGUCCGCUGGAAAAAAACGAUUCGGUGUUUGCUAUGCGGCAGAUGUAAUGUAUAUGUUAUUUCUCCCCCAACGUUGCACCAAGCAUUCACAUUGGUCCAUGCAUGCAAUGACGUGGAAAUCUUAGUCUAUGUUUCGAAGGCGUCAUUCAGGUCCCUUCGUGUUUUCUAAAUUAGUCUAUUCUUCAAGAAAUCAGACUACAAGAAAGCAUCUGGAAACUGUCAAUAUAGAGCAUUGGCUAUAAAAGUAAACAACAAAAAAUUGUAAAAAUGCUUUAAGUAUACCUGUACUAUAAUUCUAUAAAUGGAAAGCGCACUUUCCGCGCCCUGCAUAGUUGUAAGAGUCAUCGGUUAGCUAUUUGUUAUUGUUAACCUACGCUAUGGGUACGUAGGAACUACAAAUAAAAGCAAUUGGCAAUUUUCUAUUAUCAAAGUGAAAAUAGCAGAUGCAAGUCAAGAAAAAUAGAAGAUUUACAGUUAUCGGUUUGAAAAGGGAAACAUAUUUUAUAUACGCUUUCCUUAAUUCAAAGGUGAAAUUUGAAAGAAAAAUCAAUUUCCUUUUAGAUUUGUCCAGUUCCAUUUCUUAGAACAAAGCUUAUUGCACUUAGCAUUUGCCUAAAUAAAUAAAACACAUUAAGUUACUGUUGAUAGCACACCAUCGCCUUUGACCCGAUACAAGGUCGAACACAAUGUAACUCAACAAGAACUAUUAUAUUUUCAGAAAGCUGCCCAAUUUUUUUAGAGUUGCAAUAAGGACGCAAUUAUAUGAUUGUUCAUAUCAUGUAGAAAUAAACAUAUCACCAUGAAAAUGAACAGAUAUAAGACUUGCAAUCAUCAGCAUUGCUAGUUUGUACGGUAGAAACUGUUCUCCACAGACCAACAGCAAGGAAGUAGAUAACCCCCGCUAACUUUCAAAGGGAUUCCACGACGGUCUAAUUAAUCUGGCGCAGCUGAGUGAGAAAUGUGGAGACAGAGUGUCGCACGCAAAUGUAGUAUUGAUUGAUGCCUUUAUCAUUAAGCUGUAGGAGCUUGAGCCAAAGUGCAAGUAUUAUUUAGCUGGGUAACUGACAUCAAAUUUCUUGAAGUGAGGGCUUCAUCAAGUCAAGUUGUCACUCUCACUGGUCGGUGCGUAUAUUGGCCUUUUGCAUGAAUGGCCAUGCAUGAUAGUCGAUGGCUUUUUCGCGUUAACUUUCGUUGUACACGUAGUCUUCAAAGGAAGAAAAAUUUGUUGGGAAUAUUAAAUAUUUUUGAGUUUCGAAUUGUACUGUAAUUUAAUUUUUGCGCCAAAGAGAUGGAAUUUCAGUUCUGCUAGCGCGACAAGCAACUCGCUCUCGCGCACUUGUUUUCAAUUCAUUCAAUCGUUUUACUUUUCACAAUGCGAGAUAAGUUACGAUGCGUUACGGGGCUAAAGGAAAUGAGUGAAAUUGCGUAUGUAGUGUAAUUGUUUUGCGCAUGCUCCAGUGCAUCACACUGUGAUGAUAUUGUGUCUGGCUUUCAAUUCUGUUCAUUACUGUGUUGCGGCAUUUUAUAACAUUUUCUGUUCAUAUAAUGUUACUCUAGUGCAUGCCCGGGCUCGGUAAAAGUAAGUAAUUGUCAAACAAGAUUAUAAAAUGCAAAUAUGCAACAAAGUAUACUCUGAUUGCAUUAAUCCAGACUACUUUCCUUCGCAGUUCACUAAAUAGGUUGUUUUCAAGCAAUUAAGCUCCAGGAGAUGUAGGGCAAAUAAUAACAUUCUCUUCAGAUUCUAGUUAAGUAAUUUUUUCGCGCACUAAUGUGUUUUUAAGGUAAAUGAAUGCAAAACAUGAAUGCAAAACAAUAUGUGACCUGUAUAUUCAAAAACGGCAACGAACGCUUUUGCUUUUACAAUCUGUAGAAGAACAUUGAAUUAAUCUAUUCUCCACCUAAAUCUAGGGACUGGUGAUUGUAAAUGGUAAUGACCCAGGAAAAUGUAAUCAAACUAGCCACGGAAAAGAGGUUUUGGUUCAGAAUCGAGAGAAUAAGGAAUUAAUCAUAUUUUGUACCAAGGAUAAUAGCGUGUACAAAUGGACAACAAUUGGAGGUUUGUUUUAAUAUCGUUUAUACAUAUACGCACUUUCUUCUCCAGCCCACAGUCAACGUUUCAUGUUCAGGGUAUCGUAGAAGAAAAUAUCGAGUACCAAAUUUUUUUCACUGCAGUCUUUGCUUCCUAGAAAGUCACGCCCCCACUAUGUUUGGAACUACGAGUCUAUGUAGGGUUAAUCAUAUCAUAAGAGUUCUGCACUGAUUGAUUGAUUUUCAAUUAUAAAUCUUUUGCAGGAAAGACCCCAAUAGGUGAGCUCUUUAGUCCUGCUUACGACUGUUCGAAAAUAUUGGACCACAAUCCUGAAGCAAAAGAUGGAAUGUACUGGAUCGACCUUGGUGGAAUUUAUCCUAAGCAGGUGAAUUUUUAAAAAAUGGAUUAAUAAAUGUGAAAAUUUAACUUUGAGAAGGAGUAGACUGCACUCUACCGUAUUUUGUGAGCUCUCUUGCAAAUUCUAAAUAUAAUGUAUAGGUAUUGUACUUCGAGUGCAAUUUCUAGUCUUUGAAGAAUUUUAUUAAAUAUAUGUUUUUCCAAACGAGAACCAUGCAUUAAUGAUAUGCACGAAUUACACACUUUAAUUGUCGUUUAAGCACCGUUCUGAUUGCUUGUUUUCAAAUCCUUAAGUUGUUAAAUUCAUGUGAGAUUUUUAAUUGAAAGUGUACAAAAAUGAUCAAAAAAUAAAAAUUCAUAUUGCUAAUAUCUGCCGCCAUCUUGAUUUUUCCCGUUUCGUUUCCAGGCUCUGUCGUUCUCUUCUUAAUUUGCACUGUAGACUGCUGUCCAAGUUGGGGGGAGGGGGGGAGAGAUACACUACACUCAUACACUAUAGCAUUAAAUAUUAAUAUUUUCAUGUAUAUUGUUAGCAGGGAAAUCAUGCAUGCACCUUUCUACUCAGAUCCAGGUUUUAGUAUUCUUCUUUAUCUUGUCAGGCAUAUUGUGAUAUGAUUACUGACGGCGGAGGUUACAUGUUAUUUGGAAGAACAAAUACCUCUGUAACAUGGACAGUACCAUCCAGUAACGACGCUGUUGAGCCAUAUGGCGAUCCACACUGGGCAAGUCACCUGGGAGAUGCUCCUAUCCUUGACUUGAGAAUACAGAUGGCGAGGACAGAGGAUCUCAGCAAACCUUUAGCACAUUGGUAGGUUUGCAGGCGAAAGUUUAAUCCUGGUUGCGCGCAAUAAUCUUUCAGCAAAUUUGCGACAUAAGUGUGGAGUGUGAGAUUAUAUCUACUAUACAUUUCUCAUGUUUAGGUCAUUUAGAUUACUUGCACUAUGCAUUUCUUUGUUUAGGUCAUUUAGAUUACAAACUGAACGUCUGUUGAAGAAUUUGAUGAUUGUGGAUCAUGGAUGUGCGCAAGCAACGCCUGGAAUUGGAAACAUCGCAUAUGUGAAGGAUUUACAAACCGAAAAUAUUGUCACCACAAAGUUUCGUUGUUCCGUCUUUGGGAGUUACCAUAAUCCGGCAACAGGUUUUGGAUGGGUAAUUACAAUUUCUUGAAUAUGAAUGGGUAGAAAUUAAAGGAAAGCUACACAUAUGCAUUCCCCAUGAGGUAUAAGUCGAAAACCAAAUUUGGUGGCGAACUUCGACUUAUUGAAUGAAAAUUAAUUGAAAAUAACAGAGCAUUUUCCUUUAAAUUUUUCCCAAGGUAGGUGCAUGCGUCAUGAUAUAAUAGUUCCUAAUUAAUCAAUAUAAAAUGAUAUCUAUUCACAGACCAUGAUGAAUUCGUGCUUGAAGAAGCCUUGCCGCCGUGGAUUUGCGUUUUUUGAUCAUGACGUAUUCAUGUUUCAAACAGACCAUUCUGGAUCGUUUAGGUAUGUUAGUAAUCCACGCAAAACAACCAUUGAAUACCGAUUUCCGACUUUGUUGGCCACGUUGUUAUAAGAAUUGUAAAUUUAUAAAUGCCAUGAAUCAAAAUUUACGUUCUACAGGUAAGUCAUAUCCGCUCGCAUGGGAUUCGCCAACGGGGUUUUUUAUUUUAGCUAACAGUAACUUCUUAUUAAAUUAUUUCGAAAACAAAUGUCUAUAAAUAUAGCCAAGCUCUGGGCACUAGAUGUUCUGCGGGGCUUUUAUUUUUCGAUGACAUUUAAUUCAAUUUUCUCAAAUAUAUUUUGCUAUAGUUACAGUGUGUCCGGAUCAAUUUCUGGAAUUUACCAGAAUUCCACAGCAAUUGUUGGUUGCGACAAAACAAAGGUAACUUGUUACAUACCAAUUUACAUAUACGUGUUGAUGCCUUUUCCAGAGAUAAUAUUGGAAUGAAUACAGAGGAUAGACUAAUUAAUUACCUCAGAUUAAUUUGAUACAGGUCUGAAUUGAGAGAGAUACAACUGAAAAAUAUAAGCAGACCUUUGACGUUUUGAAGUUGGUAGUGAGGAUCGGAAAAUUAUAUACGAAAAUUAAAUCACAUGUAAUUUUCUCGAUCCACGGUAUUAAGCUCCCGACGAAGAGCGUUUGCUCAAAACGUUGAGAUUCUGCUGAUAUUUUUCUUAUACACAGCUGUCUGUUAUUGGAGCUACCAAGUUAGGAGAGUACAUAUGAUAGUACGAAUUAACAACAAAGAUAAAUAAUUUUAAAAUAACGAAACAUAUUUAUUACCAGUGUUGUGGCUGCUUUGGUCCAGCGGGUGGAACAGAUGAUUACUGUGGCACAGAGUGCAAGAAACGAAGAAAUGGAACUAUUGUAAAAAAUGUUUAUUCCUGGUUUUGGGUGAGAUCUUCCAUUCCCAAGAAAGUUUGGAAGAAAUGCAUGGAUUAUAAAGUCACAACAUCGAAUGGAGACACAGUCAGGUACAAGUUAUUGGAUGGAAAUCCCACGCCAGAAAAGGUAAAUAUAAGAUUGGUUACAGCUUAACUAUAUGUUACGUUGUUCAAGCGAUUUGUCUAUACGUCUUCCAUUGGCAUCACCGUAGUAUUUAUAUAUAAAUUUGUGGUUAGAGCUCGACAACUGUCU